AGCUCUAAUUCUUUUGUUAAAAAAAAAAGCAAAAGAACUCUAAUUCUUUUCUCCACAAAAACUCAAACUUCGCUCUCUAUUUGAUUCAACCAAAACCUAACUCAUUUUGAGAAUCUUGGGACAAACCCUAAUUCCUUUUGCGAAGAACUUGUUCGUUCAAUCGGUUGUUAAAAAUCUCAUUAUUGCUCUUUGAACUCAGUCUGGGGUUUCUGCUUCUGCGUCAAUUUCUAUCUUCUUCUGCCAUUUCUCAAGGUUUAUCUGUCCUAAAAAAUGGACGAGGAUCAAGAGAUGGAGAGAUUUGGAAUGGACAAUGAUUAUGAGGGUGGUCAAUGGAUCGGUGGCGAGUUUUACUAUAAGAAACGUAAAGAAAAGCGCACGCAGACCAAAGAUGAUGUUCUUUAUGGAGUUUUUGCAGAUUCUGACGACAACGAAGAUGAUGAUUAUUCGAGUAGAAAACGGAGAAGGGAUCGCGAUUUUUCGAAGAAGCCUGACCUCACCAAGCCUGUGAAUUUUGUGUCUACAGGCAUUUUUAUGCCUAAUCAGGAAAUUGAUAAUAAGUCCAAAGAGCUGGAUGAGAAAGAUGGUUAUGUUAGUGAGGAUAGGCCGGGAUUAGGUUUAGGCUUUGGUAUGGGGUCUGCUACCACUUCUGGGUCUGGUUUAGGCUUUAAUUCUAGUAAUUCUGCAAAAGGUUCUGUAAGAAAUGAUGAUUCUGAUGAGAAUGAUGAUAAUACUUUCUUGCCUACAGCGUUUGGGAAGAAGAUUAAGGAGGGGGCAAUGAGAAGGGAAAAGGAAAGGGAGAGGGAGAGGUUGGAGAAGAAGAGGGGGAAGCAUCAGAGUUUAGGUCAAGAUGGGUCUGGUGAUGUUGGGAAAUUUGAGAAGCAUACAAAAGGGAUAGGGAUGAAGCUGUUGGAGAAGAUGGGUUAUAAAGGAGGUGGGCUCGGGAAGAAUGAGCAAGGUAUUCUGGCUCCUAUUGAGGCGAAAUUGAGGGCCAAGAAUUCUGGUAUUGGGUUUAAUGAGUCUAAGGAGACUAUGCCGUUGCCUGCUUUGCAGCAAGAGAAGAAGAGUGUGCCUGAAGUCACCCAACCCGCGGUUGGCAGAACAAAAGAGAGGUCUUGGUCAAAACAAGCAAGAUUGAAAAAGAAAAAAGAUGAAGAGUAUAUAACUGCUGAGGAGUUGUUGGCGAGCAAGCAAGAACAAGAGUUGGAGGUUGUUCAGAAGGUUUAUGAUAUGAGGGGGCCACAAGUUCGAGUUUUAACAAAUUUGUCUGAUUUGAAUGCUGAGGAGAAAGCAAAAGAAAAUGAUGUCCCCAUGCCGGAACUUCAGCAUAACAUAGCAUUAAUAGUUCGGUUGGCAGAGACUGACAUCCAAGAGAUUGAUAGAGAUUUGAGGAGAGAGAGGGAGACAGCACUUAGCUUGAAAAAGGAAAAAGAGAAGUUAGAAACUGAGGCAGCAUUUCAAAAGCAGCAGCUGGAUAAUUUGGAGGAAAUAAUGAGUUUGUUAGACCAUGUUGGAGAAGAGAACACUUUGGGAACGUUAACAUUGGAUUCCCUUGCUCGGUGCUUCGGUGACUUACGCAAAAGAUAUGCUGAUAACUACAAGUUGUGUAACUUGUCAUGCAUUGCUUGCUCAUAUGCUCUGCCUCUGUUUAUCAGAGUUUUCCAAGGAUGGGAUCCUCUUCGAAAUCCAUCUCAUGGGUUGGAGUUGGUAUCGCAGUGGAAGGAACUACUUCAAGGAGAAGAUUCUUUUGAUAUAUGGGAUGUAUCAUCACCUUAUACUCUGUUGGUUUCAGAGGUUGUAUUGCCAGCUGUUAGAAUAUCUGGCAUCAAUACCUGGCAGGCACGGGAUCCUGAGCCAAUGUUAUGGUUUCUGGAAUCCUGGGAAAAGUUGCUUCCUUCUUCAGUCCUUGCUACCGUAUUAGACAAUAUAAUCAUGCCAAAAUUAUCAAGUGCUGUAGAUACUUGGGAGCCACAUCGUGAGACUAUUCCUAUUCACACUUGGGUGCAUCCAUGGUUACCACUGCUGGGACACAAGUUGGAGGGUAUUUACCAGGUGAUUCGAUUUAAAUUGAGCACUGUUCUUGGUGCCUGGCACCCAAGUGAUGGUUCUGCUUAUGCUAUAUUGUCUCCAUGGAAGACUGUAUUUGAUUCUGCAAGUUGGGAACAGCUUAUGCUUCGUUUUAUUGUACCAAAGUUGCAGCUUGUCUUGCAAGAGUUCCAAGUGAACCCAGCAAAUCAGAAUCUUGAUCAGUUUUAUUGGGUAAUGAACUGGGCUUCUGCUAUUCCUAUUCAUCUUAUGGUUGAUAUGAUGGAGAAAUUCUUCUUUGCCAAAUGGCUUCAGGUUUUGUAUCAUUGGUUGUGCUCAAGUCCUAACUUUGAAGAAGUUACAAAAUGGUAUUUGGGGUGGAAAGAACUCAUUCCAAAGGAACUUUUGGCAAAUGAAAGUAUCAGAUACCAGCUUAAUCGUGGUCUUGAUAUGAUGAACCAGGCUGUUGAAGGUAUGGAGGUUGUCCAACCUGGUUUAAAGGAGAAUAUAAGUUAUCUUAGGGUACUUGAGCAAAGACAAUUUGAGGCUCAACAAAAAGCAGCAGCAUAUGCCCAACAGCAAGCUGCUGCAAGCUUGGGCGGUACGGCCAAUGUUGAUGGUGUGCACGAAUUGAGCUUGAAAGAAGUCAUUGAAGCCCAUGCUCAGCAACAUGGUUUGCUAUUCAAGCUUAAACCUGGGAGAAUGCACAAUGGUCAUCAAAUAUAUGGGUUUGGUAAUGUCAGCAUAAUAAUAGACUCUCUAAAUCAAAAAGUAUAUGCCCAAAAUGAAGACACAUGGUCUUUGGAAUCUCUUCAAGGCUUGCUAGAGUUGCAUAAUAAAUCCCUUACCAAAAGACGCUGAAUUCUGCAUUGCCAAUGUGAAGUAACAUCUCAAUUCUCAGGCUCGAUGAAGUUUUGCAAUGAAACAUGUACUGAAGAGGAUGUCAUUGAUAAAAGGUAUUGAGAGGAGGUCUAUCCUAUUUUGUACUUCUUAUUUUUACCUUUCCAUUUGAAGUACGCAAGCCCUGAAAUACUCCGGAAUCAUGUAUGGCUUUGCCUGCACUGCUUUGUUAAAAUCCCAAUGAAUAAUUUGCAUCAGCUCAUACACGAACUAGGACUGAUCUUUUACUCUAAAAUUAUCUCAUUUGUGUUAAUUAACGGAGAAAUUUUUUAACCCUUAACAAGAAGACCUGAUGCAUACAUGAAAUGCCCUUAAUUUUUGUCUUCUCUCUAUACAAGAAGUUAUCAUGCUUCCGGUAGGAAGUUCUUUUUGUUUUGUUUUGUUUUUUUUUUUUUUUUUCGUGGGAUGUAAUUUUGAUGACCAAACAUUAUUUUAACAUUGCGAGAUCCUAGAAGCAUCAGGUUGACUUCUCAUAUUUCAGGAUUGACCUGACAAUCACUGGGUCAAACAAAUUGGUUGACA